CAACCGCGUUUGUACAUCGAGCGUGAAGUAAACGAAGGAGAGCGACGUUAAGAUGACGUAGUCGGUGAUAAGUCGUAGUCGGAGAACCGGGGAGUCGUCAGGGUGGGGUCUGCACGCUGGCACAAGUCAUGAGCCGGUUGUUUCAGUUGGUUCAGUAGGAAAGUGCGCGUAGCACGGUGACCAACGUUCUCGACAAGAGACGCGACGUCUCUGAACGAGGUGCCUCCGCGUGAACAGAUCUUAUCAAAAAUGUGAAGGUGUGUGACCUGUUACGAAGAGAGAAAAAAAAAUGGCGCGCACCUCGCAAGUAUUGUUCUCGAUCGUGGCUGGUCUCCUAGUCUGCAGAGAUUCAGCGGCUCGGAGGCCGGAUAUAACAGCGGAAACUGAGGAGAUUAUAAAAAACGAAGGCGAACCGUUGGACGUGGUUUGUUCUGGAGACACGAAGAUCUUCUUUAUUUAUCCUACAAGCACGGACGCGAUCGUCACCUCCGACCCGGAAAUAAACGAGUACGAAGAGGAGGAUGGCACCUACAGGUACGAGUUUCGACGACCACAUACUGUUUACGGAGACACCGGUUGGUACGGUUGCGCUGACCGUCCCGUCGAAGUCACCACGGAUUCCUAUGCUGACCCAGAUAUCACCUGGGUUUACGUUUACGUACAGUCAAACACGAGCUUAUUCGUGCAAGCUGAUACCCUGUUCUCGUUGCGAGAAGUUAUCGGUGGAACUGCCGUCAUACCGUGCAGACCAACGUCGCCAAACCUGACAGUGAAUCUUCUGAAGGACGAAAUGGACGUCGAAUCUAGUCGGCUAUCUUUCGAUCCAAGAAUCGGAUUCUCGCUGAGGCGCGUUGUACUCACGGACAGUGGCUACUUCAAAUGCACGAUAGAGCGGGACGGUACAGAUCAUGAGGUCAAUUAUCAUUUACACGUCCUUCGCAAACAGACGUUAAACGAGCCAAAAAUCCUGGAAGACACUUUAAGGCACGUAACGCAAGGACAAACUUUGUACGUGAAUUGCACUAUCGACAUCGACGAGGACAUGCAGUAUGUUUUCAAUUGGAGUACACCGCAACAAAGCAGCAGGAUCACCACUCGCCUCUACAACUCGAAGUACGCCCCUAGCGUUUACAGAGUCACCACCGAAUUGGUGGUCAGAAACGUGACGGACGAAGACCAAGGCUACUACAUUUGCUUUAUUAAAACUUUCAACGAUUUUAAGAAAAAGUCAAAGUACAUCGAGGUGCACGAUCCAGGCAACAAGUUCAUUAAUUUAACGACGCAGGAUGCUAACAGGCAUUACGAGCGUCGGUACAACGAUAAAGUACAAUGGGUCGUGGAUGUGAAUGCCUAUCCUCUAGCGCAUUUGAAAUGGUUGAAUCCGAAGGGAGAGGAAAUUGUCGGGAAUUGGAUGAUACCUGAGAAAGCAAAGUACGCGAUUAAUACAACGCAUACUUCGACCAUUCUGAGAAUUAAUCGUUUGGACGUUAAUGACAUGGGGGUGUAUUCCAUUCAAGCUACUAAUUACGACAAAAUAGAAAUGCUGAACUUCACAUUGGAUGUGAUAGCUAAGCCAGUAGUCCUCUUGGAAAAAGGGGAUUCGUACUAUACGCCCAAACAGACGGUGGAUAUGCGCUGUUACGUGGCAGCGUAUCCAGAGCCAAAUAUUACAUGCACUUUCUUGAAGUGCCCUUAUUAUCCUUCCUGUCAGAAUUCAACCACGGCAUCGUUAAUGGUGACCAAGGAACACGCAAUGACGACUUCUUUCCUCUUCAGAGCAAGAAUGAUCACUGAAAUGUCUGGCAAACUCACAUGCGUUGCUUGCAACACCGUUGGAUGCGACUCUGCGACUGAAAAUAUUUUCGUAUCCGAUGGAAAUGGAGGAUUCGGCAUAAUAGAACCAAAGGGACCGGUAACGGCGGGUGACGAUUUUGAAUUGAUUUGCGCUUCCUCCGUUUACAAUUAUUCGAACAUCUUCGAUUGGACCAACGAAGACGGCACUCUUAUUCGAGAAGAUGAUAGACUGACGAUUGUAUCGGACAAAACUCAAUUCACUUACCGAUCGAUUCUGAGAAUAAAGAAGGUAGAGAAGAAGGACUCGAAGGAGUAUAUUUGUACAGGGAGAACCACCGAUAAUAUUAUGGAAAGUAUGGAGUACGUUCUACGCGUGGAAGAUGCGCGAGCACCUGUUUUUACUGAAACCAACAUGAACGAAAGCGAAGUGACGAUCGAUUUAAAUGAAGGUCACGAAACGAUGAUUCUUAAAUGUUUCGUAAGCGGUAUGCCCAAACCAAACAUAACUUGGUACAAGGACGAUACGUUAUUGGUAAAUAACGAGCAAUACAUGUUUCUCUCCGACCAUCAAGUACUUCAUAUGAAGUAUUUCCUGGAGAAGGACAGUGGAAUGUAUUCGUGUCGAAUAGCGAAUCGUAUCGGAAAAUUGGAAGCUCGCAGGCAGAUAACGAUAAAAGGGAAAGAGCUUUCGAAAGGACUGAUCAUAUCAAUCGUCGUCGUAAUUCUCAUCCUUCUAGCUCUGGUUGUGUAUUUCUUUGUCAAAGUCCGUCGCGAAAAGGUGAUGAGAAAGGUAUUAAUGGCGGCAGGUUUGAUGCACUUCGAGGAGGGAGCGGUGGAGUGUUUGAAUCCAGAUUUGACGGUGGACGAUCAAGCGGAAUUACUUCCUUACGACAAGAAGUGGGAGUUCCCUAGGGAGAGGUUAAAAUUAGGGAAAAAGCUGGGAAGUGGUGCAUUCGGAGUCGUCAUGAAAGCGGAAGCUCAAGGGAUCUGCGAAGAAGAAGGAGUCACCACUGUUGCCGUAAAAAUGGUGCGCCGCACAACCGAUCCCACUUAUGUUCGCGCGCUUGCCAGCGAAUUAAAAAUCAUGGUGCACCUUGGAAAGCACCUGAACGUCGUCAAUCUGCUUGGCGCUUGCACAAAAAAUAUUUCAAAACGCGAGUUGUUGGUGAUUGUCGAGUACUGCCGAUUCGGGAACUUGCACAAUUAUCUACUGCGACACAGGGACGAUUUUAUCAAUCAGAUAGAUCCAGCUACCGGGAAAUGCGAUCCUGUUAUCGGCAUGGAUCUCCUGACUAGGACUGUCAGCGUUGGCAGUAACAGCAGGAUAAAAUAUGCGGCAUUGUCAUUUUCUCGCAGUCUUAGCGCAAACUCUGGCACCGAUUCGGUGCAAUAUCAAGGUGGUGGUGCGAUGGAUUCCCAAGGUGUAACUAUGACACCGGACGGCUGCGUCCUCAGCAACGGCUCAACCCAACCAGGAUGGAGAUCCAACUAUCGCGGCGACUAUAAGGAUUACAACUUGAAACCAAUCUGCACGCAGGACUUACUGUCUUGGGCCUUCCAGGUGGCGCGAGGAAUGGAAUAUCUCAGUCAUAGAAAAGUGUUACACGGUGACUUAGCCGCGAGAAACAUUUUGCUCGCCGAGAAUAACAUAGUGAAGAUUUGCGAUUUCGGCUUGGCGAAGACGAUGUACAAGGACGACAAUUACAAGAAGAAAGGGGAUGGCCCGUUGCCUAUCAAGUGGAUGGCUAUCGAGUCGAUCAGAGAUCGGAUCUUCUCGACGCAGUCGGAUAUUUGGUCGUUUGGCAUAGUUCUGUGGGAGUUUUUCACCCUGGCUGAGACGCCGUAUCCAGGAAUGGAGGCGGAGAAGCUGUAUCAGAAGCUAAUCGAAGGUUACAGGAUGGAACAACCGGAGUACGCUACGUCCGAAGUGUACGCCAUAAUGCUGCAAUGCUGGAAGGCCAAGCCUACGCUGCGGCCAAGUUUCACGGAAUUAGUUCAGAGUAUAGGCGAUUUGUUGGAAGACAGCGUGAAAGCGCAUUACAUCAGUCUGAAUGCUCCCUACAUGGACAUGAACACAAUAAUGCUGGAGAGCGGUAAAAACGAUUACUUGACCAUGUUGUCUGCGCCUGAUCACACUAUACUCUCCUCGCCUGGCCACGAGUACACAAAUUCGCCCAUGGUGGAGAAUUCAGGGGACGCAGCCUAUCUGUGCAUGAGUCCAACGAGUCCUUUGAACGAGUCAGGGAUAUUCAGCCCCAGACCGCAUCCCGAACGGGGUCACUUUGAAUUCCCCUCGCCUACGUCCGAUUCGGAAGACGCCAUCGAGUUGUCGCCCAUGCUCAAGAAGGAGGAGGAGGAUCCUUACUUGAAACCCAUCAACGUGCACGAACGGAGGGCUGAGUUUGCUAGGAAGAGGCAAGCUAUGAAGGAUCAGCCGAUCGACAGACCGAACGACCGCGAUUCCGGUUACUGCAACACGCCGCGGAAUCUCCAUUUAAUAGAUCUGAACGAGAAGAACAGAAACCCGGAUAGAACGGAAGGGAACGACAAGGUGGAUUCGGUGGAGAAGGACUUCGCGCCCUCCAUCAUCAGGACGCAGGACAAUUACGUGAACAUGCCUCAGCAGAAAAUCGACAUGAGGAAGGACAUGCCUGAUGGAUUCAGUAAUCCCAGCUACGUGAUGAUGAGUACUCGAGAAGUGGAUCAGACGAGAGUUUGAACUACCGGUGUCGCAUAGAAAUCUUUCAAGAGUUUCUAAAAUUUUCUAAAAUAGCUGGUCGUAUCGACCGUAUGCGUAUGUGUUACGUAACGUGUGUACAUUGACUCUGUUUGCUAUUACAUGUUAUUUACAAUGUGCCAUGACAAAACGCUGCGCUUGGCGAGCCUUUAUUCAAAGAUUGGGACCAAGAAACCAAACGCUUUAAACGAUGUACUUACUGUCGAGGAGAGUGCUCGACGAAUAAAAAUGAAAUUCGAAUUUAAUUACCCCGCGGAGGAAUAUAUAGUAUUCUAACUAAAUUUCAGAUGUAUAAUUUACGUAAAUGUAAGACGCGAAUAAAGUAGACUCGCUUAUCGGUACUUAAUACUCAAUGUAUCGCAGGUUAGGUCACAGGGUUUAGUGUUACGAGCCUGAGGAAUUUAUCUAUGUACUGCAACCAAAGCCAACGUUAACGAAACGUGUGUAUUCGUCGUACAAGCAAUUUUUAUAACAAAGUCUAUUAAAUUAAUUAAUUUAGAAUCUUGUAAAAUAAAAUUUUUACAUACGAA